AUGGCGCAGGGGAUUGGGCCCGAUUUCUGUUCCGUUCCUUUGAACUGCCAAGAGGAAUUUGGCAUUUGCGAUUCUGAUAUGACACCGGCAGGGUACAAUAUGUCAGGAGACCCAAGAGGAGAGAGAGGCCACAUCGCAUACGGACAAUUCAUCGCCAAUUGCUACGUUCCUAGAACUAUCGCCCUUACAUACGACGAUGGCCCAUCACAGAACACGGAGGAACUGCUGGAUAUCCUCAACGAAGCUGGUGCAAAGGCAACCUUUUUCAUCACAGGGAAUAGCAACGGCAAAGGACCCAUCGACACGACGCAGAAUUGGACUGACGUGGUCAGGCGUAUGGUCAUGGAUGGGCACCAAGUCGCUUCUCAUACUUGGUCUCACGAGGACAUGAACGAGAUGGGAUCUCAAGCUCGCCUCCUCGACAUGGCUAAAAACGAGAGGGCACUCGUCAAUAUCCUAGGCAAGUACCCCGCGUACAUGCGUCCACCUUACCUUCAUUGUAACAACGAGACCGGUUGCUUGAACGACAUGAGAGAUCUGGGAUACCAUGUCAUUUCAUACGCAUUCGACAGUGGGGACUGGAUGACUCCCAACAAUCUCACAGCUAUGACCGACAGGAUCGAUCAGGUAUUCCAGAGACCGGAUGAGCAACUGAACAGGAUGUUGCUGAUCCAGCACGAUACGAUCCGCACAUCAGCCAUUGAGCUCACAAAGUAUGUCCUCGACGUGAUCUCCCGGCGAGGAUGGAAAGCUGUCACGGUCGGAGAGUGUCUUAAUGAUGAACCUGAUCGCUGGUAUCGAGAUCCGGCUUGGAUCAGCGUUGACUCAAUAUCAAGUGGAGGCUGUGUUGUUUCGGACAGGGACUUCUGUGUAGAAAUGCGGAGGUUUACCAACAAGGACGAAUGCUUCAGCAGCAAUGCCCAAUGUGAGACAGAUGCUUUGAAAUGCAGAAACUCAACACAGACGGACAAGACGAUGUGCGAGAGGUUGGAGAUGAUCUGCAGCAUGCAAUUCCUCUUCUGCUCAGCCUGCGGACAAUCCGAGCUACCUUGUGAAACCAAGUACCUCUAUGUCAACAGCCAAGCAUGA